UACGUUCUGUGGAGUAGACAAAUUCUAUCAGUAAGAAAAAGUUCUUCCAAUAGAAUUGAAAACAUAUUUAAAACUAUAGUGAAAUGCGUGUUGCAUUUUAAAAUAGCAUUCCAGAAAGAAACAAUUACAAAAGCAGAAUAUCCAUCACUUAAUAAGUUAUUAAAACGAAAUAAAUUGUACAAAUUUCAUAUUAGUGGAAAAAAACAUUUAAAACUUCGUCAACGCAUUACAAAUUGCAAUUAGCGUCACUCACUAUAAACGUUGCUGCCGUCAUCAUCACCAGGUGCAGGGUCAGAGGAGCAAGACAACGUACUAAAAAAGUGCAAUACGGCCGACAAGCAUUUAGUAGUCCCAGCGAUAACAAAGCAACAGCUAGGACAGUUUCUCAGAAGUAGUAUGGCUCAGCUGGAACAUGAUAAUGUCUUCCUUUUCAUUCCAAACUUAAUUGGAUAUGCACGAAUUGUAUUGGCAUUGAUUGCCUUCUGGUUCAUGUCCACCAAUUACGUAGCCGCUGGUUGGUGCUAUGUUAUUAGUGCCCUACUCGAUGCGGUAGAUGGGCAUGCGGCACGUGCAUUUAAUCAAAGCACACGUUUUGGCGCCAUGUUGGAUCAAUUGACCGAUCGCUGUGGAACAAUGGGACUUUUAGUAACGCUCAGUUAUUUUUAUCCGAAAUAUAUGUUUUGGUUCCAGGUUUCAAUUGCUAUAGAUGUCGCCUGUCAUUGGCUCUAUAUGCAGACGAGCGUUUUGAUCGGAAAGGCAUCACACAAAUCAUUCGAUGUAAAGGAAAAUGUGAUAAUGCGCACUUACUAUCAGAAAAAUGUACUCACAUUUAUGUGCUGUGCAAAUGAGCUCUUUUACGUUUGUUUGUAUCUUUUAUAUUUCACUUAUGGACCUUUGAUUUUUGGUAUCUCACUGUUUAAACUUUUGGCUAUUGUUAUGGCGCCAUUUGCUCUACUCAAGUCUUUGAUAUCCUGCUUGCAUGCUUAUAUAGCCAGUAUUGACUUGGUUGGACUGGAUAUGCGUGAACGUGAGGCUCAGCGCUUAAAGGAAGAGGGCAAGAAAGCAGAAUAAUUCUGUUAAAAGAUGACCUUUGAGAUUGAGCUAAUGCGAAUCGCGUUGGAGAAUGCAUCUAAUUACAAGUAUAAAUGUUGUUAGUGAUAUUUAUUUAUUUAUUGGAUAUUUAAAAUGCAACAUUUUAUUGUUAUUCUUUAAAUUUAAUUAGUUAAUUUCUAAUAAAAUGUAUCGUAGUGUUAUAUUUCGUAUGUAGAAAACUAUUAGUUAUUUUUAAUUUGAGAUUUUAUUGAAAAAAAGGAAAAAUCGAAUGUUGCAAUACACCAAACCAGAAGUAUACACUAGUAUUUUUGUUGUAAC